GUCAUCAUCAUCUCCAAAGAGAAGAGAAGAAAACAAAAAAACCUCACAAAACUUCUCCGCAAAGUAGAUAAAUGGUGGCGUGUCUGAGAGUCCCUUCACUCACUUCCCUUCUAUUUCCCGCCACAACUCGUUACCCAGCUUCUCUCCGUCGAACCGUAUAUCUACGGAACAGACGACCUCUCUCUGGAUUCGCGACGGCGCCGAGUGGUACUACUGCUUCGACGGAGACUAAGUCGGCGGAGGUUGACCGGCUUAAGUCUGACCGAGCCGUUACGCCUCGCACAAAGGACUUCAAUGCUUGGUACCUUGAUGUUAUAGGUAGUGCUGAGCUCGCCGAUUAUGGUCCUGUUCGUGGUACUAUGGUUAUUCGUCCUUACGGUUACGCGAUCUGGGAAGCGAUUCAGGAGUAUUUGAAUGUGAAGUUCAAAGAGACUGGCCAUAGCAACAUGUACUUCCCACAGUUUAUACCAUACUCGUUUAUUGAGAAAGAAGCUUCACACGUUGAGGGAUUUAGUCCUGAACUAGCUCUUGUCACUGUAGGAGGAGGAAAAGAACUUGAGGAGAAGCUUGUGGUUCGGCCUACUAGUGAAACCAUAGUGAAUCACAUGUUUACUCAGUGGAUUCACAGCUAUCGUGAUCUUCCUCUCAUGAUCAAUCAGUGGGCUAAUGUCACUAGAUGGGAGAUGCGGACAAAACCAUUUAUUAGGACUCUUGAAUUUCUUUGGCAAGAGGGUCAUACUGCUCAUGCCACUCCUGAGGAGGCAGAAAAGGAGGCAAAACAAAUGAUCGAAAUCUACACCCGAUUUGCUUUUGAGCAAACUGCAAUACCUGUUAUUCCAGGUCGAAAAUCAAAAUUAGAAACUUUUGCUGGUGCUGAUAUAACCUAUACUAUUGAGGCUAUGAUGGGAGAUCGGAAGGCUCUGCAGGCUGGUACCAGCCACAAUUUAGGGCAGAACUUUUCUCGUGCCUUUGGAACUCAGUUUGCAGAUGAGAAUGGAGAAAGGCAACAUGUGUGGCAGACAUCAUGGGCAGUGAGUACACGUUUUGUCGGUGGCAUUAUUAUGACUCACGGAGAUGACACUGGUCUUAUGCUUCCCCCCAAGAUAGCUCCAAUACAGGUAGUAAUUGUACCUAUUUGGAAGAAGGACAAUGAGAAAACAGGAGUUCUCAGUGCUGCAUCAUCAGUCAAGGAAGCUCUGCAAACUGCUGGGUUUAGAGUUAAACUUGAUGACACAGAUCAACGAACUCCGGGAUGGAAGUUCAAUUUCUGGGAAAUGAAGGGAAUUCCUCUAAGGAUUGAAAUUGGUCCACGCGAUGUAUCUAGUAACAGUGUUGUUGUCUCAAGGAGGGAUAUACCAGGAAAGGCAGGAAAAGUUUUUGGAAUAUCAAUGGAGGCAUCAACGUUAGUGGCCUAUGUAAAAGAGAAGUUGGAUGAGAUCCAAUCAUCGCUUCUAGAAAAGGCGGUAUCAUUCAGGGACAGUAACAUUGUGGAUGUGAACUCAUACGAUGAGCUCAAAGAGGCAAUAUCUUCAGGGAAAUGGGCAAGAGGUCCUUGGUCAGCCAGUGACGCGGAUGAACAAAGGGUAAAAGAAGAAACCGGAGCAACCAUUCGUUGUUACCCGUUUGAACAGCCGAAAGGGACUAAAACAUGCCUAAUGACUGGAAAUCCAGCAGAAGAAGUUGCAAUCUUUGCCAAGUCUUACUAAAGAAAGUUCCUUUCACUAUCACACAUUUCUCCAAUCAUAUCAAAUUCUCCCUUUAUUGAAAAAAGGAAAGGUCCAAAAGUGACAUUAGAUUCUAUUUCCAUGGCUACUGGAGUGGAGUUAUUGUAGUCCUUUGGUCUGAUCUGUGGACCCCUCUCUUAUAGUACAGAAUAAAAUGCUACUUUGGUCGGGAGAUUCUUUUGAUGAAAAGCCGAGGACAAACACAUCCGUAUAGAGGAAAUUCUCUAGAGGCUUUCUCUUCUUUCUUUCAUUCAGUUUGUUUUGUUUCGCAAUUGCAAUAUAACAUUAGUAUUAUUGUCUGCAUCUUAAAAAGUUUAAUGUGGAAAACAAAAAAGAAAAACUGUGGAAAAGAAAAAGAAAAGCUUCAUAUUCUGUAAAAAAAAAUUGAAUCAUUUUGAUUGGUGAUUAAAAGUUGUGAUA